AUGACCGACCUUUUUACAAUCGCCGAAGAAAACUUACCGUUCGAGGAAAAUUUGCUCAAAAAUCCUUACAGCGUUAAAGCUUGGCUCAGAUAUGUUCAGUUCCAAAAGUCAAGCUCUCCUCAAAUCCUGUAUCUAACAUACGAGAGAGCUCUGAAGCAGCUACCCGGAAGUUAUAAACUGUGGUAUAAUUAUCUCAAAUUGCGUCGUCUUCAUGCCCGCCGUAUGUGCCCAGGUACCUUGAUAUAUGAGGAGACUAACAGCGCUCAUGAAAGGGCUCUUGUCACGAUGCACAAGAUGCCUCGUAUUUGGACAGACUAUCUGCAGUUUCUCAUGUUCCAAGGUUAUGUUACACUAGCCCGUCGAACAUUCGACAGAGCCUUGAAAGCGUUGCCGAUUACACAGCAUGAACGGGUGUGGCGUCUUUAUCUCAAAUUCGCUGAUAAAAAUGGAGCAGAAAUCAAUGAGACGUGCUCCAGGAUCUACCGACGUUAUAUCAAAUAUGCUCCAGAUGAUGUUGAACGCUACAUUAACUUCCUCAUUCGGCAUGAAAAAGUCAAUGAAGCUUCAGUCCUCCUGGCUAAGGUAAUUAAUGAGGAGAACUUUAUCAGUCGAGAAGGAAAGUCAAAGUUUCAGUUGUGGCAAGUCCUGUGCGACCUGCUUGUGAAAAACCCAACCCAAAUUGUCUCUCUUGAUGCCGAUGCCAUUAUCAGACAGGGUAUCAGCCGUUAUACAGAUCAGGUUGGAAUUCUCUGGACGUCAUUAGCCGAUUUCUACAUUCGAGCUGGAAACGUUUCUCGGGCUCGUGAUGUCUACGCAGAGGCAAUUUCGACAGUCAUUACUGUCCGAGAUUUUAGUCAAACGUUUGAUGCUUAUGCAGAAUUUGAGCAAUCUCUUACUAAGGCUAGGAUGGACGCUAUAGCGAACAUGUCCAAUGUUACUGAGACAGAUGAAAUGGAAGUCGAAUUAGGUCUAGCCCGCUUGGAAUCUUUGAUGGAACAACGUCCUCUCCUUUUAAACAGUGUUCUCCUUCGACAAAAUCCUCACAAUGUCAGCGAUUGGCUUCAACGCGUACAAUUGCUAGAAUCUCAAGGUCCCCGGAAGCAGAUUGAAGCUUUUAUGGAGGGAAUUAGUUCACUUGAUCCGGCAAAAGCCACUGCUGGUCGGCCAUCGACCCUAUGGAUUGAGUUGGCUCGACUUUAUGAGAAACACAACCAAAUGGAUGAUGCAAGAAUGGUGCUCAAGAAAGCGACUGGAGUUGCAUUUAUCCACGUGGAAGAUUUGGCCUCAAUUUGGUGUGAAUGGGCUGAGAUGGAGAUCCGUCAUGGUGAGGUCGAAGCAGCACUUACAUUGCUUGCGAAGGCUGUUACUCCAGCAGCUUCCCACAAAGUGGAUUAUUAUGACCGUACAGAGCCUGUGCAGAAUCGUCUUCAUAAGUCCCUUAGACUUUGGACUCUUUAUACAGAUUUGGAGGAGAGCUUUGGUACUUUCCAGACCACCAAGGCUGCUUACGAUCGUAUGAUCGACUACAGAAUUGCCACUCCACAGAUCAUCAUGAACUAUGGUCUCUUCCUGGAAGAACACAACUACUUUGAGGACGCUUUCAAGGCCUACGAAAAGGGAGUUGCUAUCUUCAGAUGGCCAAAUGUAUUUGAUAUCUGGGCAACCUAUCUCACGAACUUUAUGGAGCGUUAUGGUGGAAGCAAAUUGGAACGUACAAGGGAUCUUUUUGAACAGUGUCUUGAGAAAUGUCCAUCCAAAUACGCUAAACAACUCUAUCUUCUCUAUGCAAAAUUGGAAGAGGAGCAUGGUCUGGCGAGGCGAGCGAUCAAGAUUUACGAGCGUGCAACCGAAGCUGUUGAACCUGAGGAAAGAUUUGCGAUGUUCAAUAUCUACAUUCAACGCAUUGCCGACUUGCACGGUGUGACUCACACAAGAGCUGCCUACGAACAGGCCAUUGAACGACUUCCCGAAAAGCAUGCUCGCCAGAUGUGUAUUCGCUUUGCCGACCUGGAGAGAAAGUUAGGCGAAGUUGAUCGUGCUCGAGCUGUCUAUGCUUAUGCAGCUCAAAUGUCUACGAAUUGA